AUGUUGUCUUGUUCGCCCAACAGUGACAACAUCUUUGCCGUCCGGGUGGACUCAGCCUGUCGUGCUUUUGAUUUUACUCUUUUGUUUGAAGAUGCUCUCUUUUCACUUUUACCCGCGAGCUUGUUCCUGUUGCUGGCCACACCCCAGAUAAUCAUCUGGCAAAGAGAAACCACCAAGCUGAGCUCGUAUCGAUUCGCUAUCAUCAAAUUGAUCAUCCUUAUCCUCCUCCUGAUUCUGAACAUUGUCUUCCUGAGUUUUCGCCUCCGAAAUGAAACCCUCUUUACAAACCUUUCGCUGGCAUCUUCCAUUCUCGACAUUAUAGCCACUGGCGUUGCCAUUGUACUCUCGUUUCUUGAAGAUCAGCGCGCGAUCUGCCCCUCCCUCCUACUCUCUUUGUACUUCUCACUAGGCAGCAUUUUGUCUAUUCCAAGACUUCGCUCAUUAUGGCUAAUCCACUCGGAUCCGACCUGUCGGACACUGUGGACAGUUAUAUUCACUUUGACGACUUUGGCAGCCUUUGCAGAGUCAAUGACCAAAGAGUCCGUCUUACUACCGGAAGUUAGAGACAAAGCUAGCAAGGAAGAAGUCCACGGGCUCUGGGGUAAGAGUCUUUUUAUCUGGACCAAUUCUGUCUUCAGAGACGGAUACCGCGUUGCCUUGCAGGUAGAUGACCUACCCGAUGUGGAUGACAGGUUGCUUGCAUCGCUCGCGGGAGAAAAGUUACAGCAAGCAUGGGAUAAAACUGCCCCCGAGCCAAAGAAACAUCGUCUAUUGCGAGCAACUUUGCGGGCAUAUCUAUUACCUUUUUUGUCUGCAAUCAUUCCUCGUCUAGUCUUGAUUGCCUUCAAAUUCUGUCAACCAUUUCUGAUCACAGCCGCUGUUGACUAUGUUAGCAGCAGCCCUACUUCGACUCCUGAUUAUUCUGGACAAGGACUGAUCGGGGCCUAUGUCUUAUUGUACUUUGAGAUGGCGAUUGUUACUUCAAUCUAUUGGCGCCAAGCUUUCCGCUUCGUUACGAUCAUGCGAGCAGGACUGGUCUCAAUGAUUCACGAAAAGCUAAUGCGAUCAAGAACGGUAGAUGUCAACGAGUCAGAAGCUGUCACGCUUAUGGAGGUUGAUGUAGAUCGGAUCGUCAAGAAUCUACACAGCUUUCAUGAGACUUGGGCUAGUGUGGUUGAGAUAAUUAUCGCCAUCUGGCUGCUUGAGCGACAACUAGGGGCUGCCUGUGUGGUACCCGCUCUGAUAUGCAUUUUGUCCGUUGCGGCCUCGCUGCCGGUUUCCAAACGAUUUAAAAACAGUCAGAAACUCUGGGUUGAACGAAUUGGGCGGAGAGUGAUUGGGACUGUAGGCGUUCUUCGAAAUAUCAAGGCCGUGAAGAUGCUGGGAUUAAACAAGGCAGUCUCUGCUCUUGUGCUCGGGUUGCGCGAAGCAGAGCUGCAGACAUCGCAGCGCUUUCGGGAGCUGUUGAUUUGGACAAUCACUAUAUCCAAUAUUCCAACGGACCUGGCACCAUUCGCGACUUUCUUGGUUUAUACAAUAAUCGCAAUUGUCAAGGGAAAUGACUACCUACUGUCCGCUCGUGCGUUUACUUCACUCUCUUUGAUCAGCUUAUUGACAGGCCCACUUCUCAAACUGAUUCAAAUUUUCCCUGGUCUGUUUCAAUCCGAGGCAUGCUUCACUCGAAUUGAAGAUUUCUACAUCCGGAAUGCACCGACAGGCCAUUCUAAUCAGAAAAAUGAUACCAACGAGUGCGGUCCAGAGACGGCGGAGAAAAUGGAUCAGAAUAUAAUUGUUCUCCAAGAUGCAUCCUUUUCGUGGUCUUCUGAUUCGGACCCAGUCCUGCAGAAUAUUAAUUUGGAAAUAAGAAAGCAGUCACUCACGGUCCUCAAUGGUCCAACUGGAGCUGGAAAAUCCGCUUUGCUGGAAAGCAUUAUGGGUGAAACAACUCUUUUGAACGGUAGAAUGCAGGUAAAUGCAGCACGAAUCGCUUACUGUCCUCAAAAUGCUUGGAUUAUCAAUGAUACUAUCCGCAAGAAUAUUACCGGCGGGGGCCAAAUUGAUCAAAAGUGGUAUGACUUCACCUUACAGAUCUGUUGUCUCAAAGGUGAUCUUCAAAAGAUUCCACAAGGUGAUAUUUUCAAGUGCGGCAGCGCUGGUGUGACCUUGAGUGGUGGCCAAAAGCAGCGUAUUGCCCUUGCCCGGGCAGUGUAUUCCAAAGCAGAUAUCAUUAUCUGUGAUGACAUAUUCUCCGGGCUUGACUCCAAGACCAUCGGCUAUAUCUCAAAGCAACUGUUCAGCAAAAAUGGCUAUUUCCGGGAAGCAGGCAGGACAGUCAUUAUCACAACACAAAAUCCUCGGUUGUUCAAAUUUGCCGACAAGAUAAUCAGUCUUAAAGAUAAAAGCCUCAGCAGUCAAAUUGUCUCUUGUCAAGAACUUGACAUAGAUGAGCCAGAAUCAUUUAAAGAGGAGCCGGCUGAGAUGUGCCUGGAGGAACCUAGUUCAAUUGAGUCUACGAUAGAGAAGGAAGAAAAAAUUUCCAAAAAGAAAGAAGAAGACAAGUCUAGACAGAAGGGAGGAUCUGGUGUCUAUCGAUUUUACCUACAGAGGUCUGGUAUUGGUCUUGUUGUGGCUUUCAUUGGAGCCAUGGUUCUUGAAUCUGCUUCUUCAAAUGUGUCGUCUGUUUGGAUUCAAGAAUGGUCAAACGCCGAUGAACAGACGCAGAAAGAACAUGUUGGCAUGUAUCUUUCCGUGUAUGCAGCAUUCUUGGUAGCAUCCUCUUGUGGAUUAAUGGUUGUUGUUCAUCAAAAUCAUCAAUCGAACUGCCAUACGAAUGCACGCAGAUCUCUUGAAAACGGUCCUCCAGUGGGUGUUCUUACAUUUUCUCGCCUUUACUUUGAAUUCAGCCAUGCUUAUGUCCCGGAUACGUAUAGUGCACCUUUCCACUUUCUUUACAGCACCGACUUGGGAUCAUUAGUCAAUCGAUUCAGCGAAGACAUGACGCUCAUUGAUAUGAACUUACCUGCUGACGCAAUUAAUGUGGUGGGAAGUGCCGCGAGCUGUCUCACAAAGCUUGUGAUUAUCUGCAUUUUUGGCAAGUAUUUCACUGCAUCAAUGCCAGUAUUUUUCGCUGUUCUAUGUCUUGUACAAAUCUAUUACUUGCGAACAUCACGCCAAGUAAGAUUGUUGGAUAUUGAAGCCAAGUCCCAUCUUGUUUCCCACUUUCUGGAAGCAAUGCAAGGUGUCACAAUCCUCAAGGCACUUGGCUGGCGUUCUCAUUUCCAGGAAGCCUUCGAGAAAAACUUUCGACACUCACAAAGACCAUUUUACAUGCUAUUCUGUAUACAGCAGUGGCUGACAUUGGUUCUCGACUUGAUCUCCGGAGGAAUGGCCGUUGUUCUUAUCGCAAUCACUGCAUCUCUGCGUGGAAACUUUUCUGGAGGCUCUGUUGGUGUCGCGCUUUACAUGGUCAUGACUUUCAAUCAGUCUCUGACCCAGUUGAUCAAUACUUGGAUAUCACUGGAGACUUCUAUCGGGGCUGUCUACCGCGUGAAAACUUUCAUGCAAGACACUCCGUCGGAAUCUGGUCUUGAUGCUCGCUCCGCGACGGCGGCCUUCUCCAAAGGAGCCAUUGACAUUGAAAAUCUGACUGCUUCAUACGGUCCUUCUACCGCUCCAGCCCUGAAGGGCGUCUCAUUGAAUAUCCUCCCCGGGGAGAAGAUUGCAAUCUGCGGACAAUCAGGAAGCGGCAAAACAUCAUUGAUACUUGCUCUUCUUCAGAUGAUGGAGAUUCAAGAGGGAAGUAUUAAGAUUGACGGUACAAACCUAACGGCACUAGAUCCAGAUUCUAUUCGUUCAUCUUUGAGCGUUGUCUCUCAAGAUCAAUUCUUCUUCCCUGGAACCGUUCGAUUGAAUAUGGAUCCCCAUCACGGUGCUUUGGACGAAAGUAUUGAACAGGCUAUCAAACUUGUUGGAUUGUGGGACAGAAUAAGCUCUGGCGGAGGAUUAUAUAUGGAGCUGAAGAGUUCCGAAUGGUCUGUGGGAGAGAAGCAGCUACUGGCACUUGCCCGAGCUAUGACUAUUCAAUCUCAUGUCCUCAUCCUGGAUGAGGCCACGGGCAGCGUCGACUUGGAGACUGAAGAUAUUAUGCAGAAGGUAAUAGCCAAGCACUUCAAGCCUCAAACCGUUCUAUCCGUACUCCAUCGAUUUACGCACAUUGAGCAAUACGACCGGGUUCUUGUCAUAAAAGAUGGGACCAUUAUCGAGAAUGAUUCCCCGGCGAAUUUGCUAGGAGCGGAAACGGAGUUCAAGAAGCUUUAUGGUCUCAUCAAAGAGACUAGUAUGUAA